GGAUUAGCACUGAAGCUAGUUGCACCGAGGUUAUCAGAGAAAAGCGUCGGUGGUGCGGAAAGCGGUUGAUGGAGCUCCUGCAGAACGCCCCCUCAAACGAAAGCCAACUCAUGGUCUUGAAGUUUGCACAGGCCCACCAUACCAUGUGCUUGAAAGACAACGGUUAAUAUUGGGGUCGUGGAGAUUCGAACACAUGACCUUUCGGUUCUAGGCUCUGAUACCAUGUCAUAAACCAGUUGAUCCC